CUCGAAAGCGCUUCGCCGUUGGUUUGUGAACCUGUCCACGUCAUUCCAUUUUUCUCGGCCACUGUGCCUGAAACAACAUGGGGCCAUUUUCGGUGGCACUGCAGUGGAUGCUGCUGUACAGUUCUGCGGCAUUGAGAGAUGACCCUUCUGAACACCUCAACUUGGAUGAGCCUAGUGAUGAGUGUGAGGAGGAAGCCAAGCUCCUGCAGCAGAUGAUGUUGGAUUUGGGUUUCAAAGGCCCCAUGACCAAAGACCACUGCGACUUGCCUGGCAUCACGUGUUCCCCUCACUCAUGCAAAGUUGAGACGAUCCGCUGCACGACAUGCGCGGGCCACUUGCCAGACUACAUCCGUUUGAAGGGCCUCGAGGAAGUUACUCUAACGUCGCCAGAAAUGACUGGUGACAUCAAGGCUUUUGCCGCCACACCCGAUCUCAAAAUCUUGGAUUUGCAUGGCACAAAAGUCACUGGUGAUCUUGAAGUCUUCCAGAACUUUACAUCCUUCCUGACGAUGCAGUUGCAUGACACUGGGAUUGUCGGUGAUAUCAAAAGCUUGACUGAGGCAAUAUGGCUUCAGUUCCUUGAUUUGGAAAAUACAAAAAUCCAUGGAGAUCUCAAUGUCUUUUGUAAGGACAUGCAACGGCUCGUGCAGCUGAAUCUUGGAAACACCCGGAUUUCUGGCGACUUCACAGGUUUCCAAGGGAAGAUGGCAGGGGGUCUAGAACUCUUGGGCCUCGCCAACACAGGGGUGACGGGCCAGCUUUCAGACUUGGUUGCAUUGAAGCAAUUGUGGAAAUUGAACCUGCGUGGUACAGCAGUCACUGGCAACCUGGUAGAUAUCACGAAAUUCUAUCGAAUUCAACAGGUGGACUUGUCGUUCACCCGGGUGGUCGGUCAACUCACGGCGGACUGGAAGGGUUGUUGCAGAUUGCUCCGAAGUUUGCGGCUUCAAAACAGUUCUGUUCAGUUUGCUCCCGUUGGAAAGGAUUUUGGCGAUUUGACGACGUUCUCAAUGGCUUUUCCGGAAGUGAUUCUGCCAAAUCUUCGGUACUUGGACCUCACCAAUUGUCCGGUAAAUAGCCCUGCAAAGAAUUUACUGCUGCCGUUGGCAAUGUGCAAGCGCCUGACGUUCCUCAUGGCCUCUGGUUCCGGGGUUUUUGGCGCAAUGCCACAGUUGAAGGAAGGGAUCAUCUAUGCAAGUGACGGCCGACGGCGUGAUGAUUUCACCUUUCCGAUGGCCACACGUUUGUUGUUGCUAGACCUCUCUUACAACAACGUGAGUUGGCUAAGUGACUUGCCUGUCCUUACCGGAGCUGGUCGCAUGUUGUUUCGGGAAAAUCAUCAAAUCAAACUGUCGCCAGGGCUUUUGGCGCGAGCCCUGGAAAAGCACAUCAUCUUGGAUUUGAGGGGAACCAAAUUGAGCAACGAAGAAGAAGCACUACAGUUGUUACAGGAAGGACAACUGCAAACCACAGACAUGUAUGCGUACCGAGAUGAGAUUGCCGGCUACACAUGCAAAGAUGUUGUGAGUACGAUAAUCCAGGUGACCUCCAGCAGGUUUUUGCCAGAAACACUCUGCAAGUGCCUCCCUGGAUGGCAUGGGCAUGGAGCAACGUGCCAAGUGUGUCCAGCUAACAAGUUCAGCGAUGAAAUGGGCCUUGGCACUUGCAAAAGCUGCCCUGCAAACAGUACAGCACCGGAAGGUUCCACGAAACUGGCGCACUGCAAAUGUCAAUUUGGAGAUCUUCACGAUGGCGCUUGCUCAUGUGACAAGCACCAGACUUUGCGAGAUGGCAACUGCAUUCUCUGCAGCAAACUGCACCUGCAAUGCCCCGUCGAAGGCAUCCCAGCUUCAACCGCGAAGCCCGAGGUUGGCCACGCUCGGUUGGAACCCAAAACCCAGGAGGCUCGCAAGUGUCUCCCUCCAGACACGUCGCAACGUUGUCCUGGCAGUCAUGACUGCGGUUCGGGCUACAACGGAACUCUUUGCACAAGCUGCACUGACGGAUUUUGGGCCAAGCAGGGCAGAUGCAAGCCCUGUUCGAAAGCUAGCUCGGCCCGCGUUUGGUUCCUGGCACUGCUGGGAGGUGUAGCCCUGAUCGUGGCAGCUGUCCUUGUUUACCGGCGUUACUGGCACUCCCGUGGUCACAGUGUCUCGGAGCGUGCCAGCGUGGAAAGUUUGCUGCGAAAGAGAAUGGUGAUGCAAGCUCCGGUUUUGCUUCAGAUGGUGCAACUGUGGGCAGUCCUAGGCAGCCUGGGACAGCGGGGCCGGGCUCGUGAGGCCUUACCAGAGCUUUCAUAUUUGGAAGCUCUACAGCUGACUAUUGGCGAUGUGCAGAACUCAUUCAAUGCGCAGUGCAAGUUGGAUGGCGAAACGGUUCGCAUGCUGGCAGCUCUCGGCUCCCCGUUGUUGCCACUACUUUUGCUUUUGUGCUGUCCUAUGCUUGAGCUGUGUCGUCCUGGUCUUGGUGUCAACGUGGCAUUGAAGACGCUCACAGUGCUGUUUAUCGGUGGUGCUUUCAGUACUGCAGAACUGCUGAGCUGUCAGUUUGAAGAUGGAGAUGGCGAAAGCCUCGGGGACUUUGCCUUUCGCACUGCCCUUCCACACCUUCGCUGCUAUGACAGAACUGGCAUUGGCUUUUGGGUCGAUGCAGCUGGCUACAGCAGUGCUUUGGCAUAUGGCGUCCUGAUACCUCUCUUCCUGGCUGGGCUGAUGGUACGACAGUACAUAGCUCUUCAAGAAGCCCGACUGUUUUGUGCUUAUGCUGAAGGGGAGCCUGAAGAUAUCACGCUUCGUUUGCAAACAUUGCAGGGGCAGCUAUCAAAGGAAUCAGGUCCAAAACGCUUGCUGGCAGCUGCGGCUGCUUACAUGGCGGUGCACUGCCGUGGCAAAAGGAUGGUCCGAUUACACGAUGGAUCCAUCACCACGACAUCCACCGACAACGAUGGGGAAGAGGUUCGCGGGUUGAGUGGCAAGAUGAUCAGAGUGGUGGCCAAUGCGGAAGCAGCAAGAAACAUCGAUGCGCUCAAAACCCGAAGACUUACCGAGAUGUUGACUGAGCGCAUCAUGUUGGACGAAGCAGAAGAUCGUUUCCUGAUUGGUUUCCGGUCGCUGUUGUGCAAGUACACCCUUUGCCAGGACGUGUGGAUGUUUGUUGCCACGAAACUUUUGGCAUUGGCUUUGAUCUCCUGCGUGUCCAUGACCGAUGCCUGGAAAUGGCCCAUUGCUUUCAGUGUGGCCAUGGCAGUGAUUGUUGGUGUGUGCCAGCCGUAUAUGUGGCCGCAGGUCAGCCAACUACAGAGUUUCAGCUACCUGUGUUUGGCCUUGACAUCUGUGGCCUUUAUCUAUGACUGGCCUUGGUUGGCGCGGGUGGCGUUGAUGGCGCCAGUGAUACUGUUGUUUUGGCAGGUACGAGAGCCCGACUGCAGAGCCGCCUUGGCUGAAAGGUUAUACCAGGAGCUGGAGUCGGAAUUGCCAAAGCUCCAGCGAGGAGAAGCCCAUGAGGUCAUCGUGCAGAAGCUUCGCUUCAGCCGUGAAGCCGUGCCAUGACGUGAGUCAACCAGUGAGCCAACCAUGGCAGAUACUUCGUAUGGUGGUUGUGGCAUGUUGUGGCUGUAGAAAAUGAACGAAAUACUGUAACUGAUUUGACUGGGCGAUGAAAAAUGAUCGAUCUGUGCUGAAAAUCAGCGUGAGAUGCGUGAUUUUUAUCGUUGUCACGCGACGCAAAUCUCAGGGUUUCUCGGGUUGGUCCAAGAGUUAUUCUCUGAAGGGUCUGGUGCCGAAUGCCAUGUCAGAGAAUGUUCUUCACUUGUGCCCAGGGAUCAAAAGAAACAACUAGAGAAAGAAAGGCGAGCAAAAGAG